AUGGAGAAAAAAUUAUCAGAGGCAUCUUUACAAGGAAAAGUAGAGUUAUUACAUCAAAUUUUGGAAGAAGAUCCAUUGAUAUUAGAUAAAAUCAUAGUUUUAUGUAUCUCACAAACGCCUCUUCAUACCGCCUCCAUGUUAGGCCACUUAAAUUUCGUGAAAGAAUUGCUAAAUCGGAAGCCCGAGUUGGCCGCUGAGUUGGAUUCUAAUGGCUGCUCGCCGCUGCACUUGGCGGCGGCGAAGGGACACGUGGAUAUCGUAAAGGAGCUUCUGAGUGCAGAUUCUGAGGUGGGUUUUGUACGGAAUUUAGAUGGGAGGACUGCUUUGCAUGUUGCGGUGAUCAAGGGGAGGGCGGCGGCAGCGACUGAGUUGGUCCGAGUUGUUCCUGAGUUGAGCAGGGUUCUGACUGACCGAGGCGAGACGUGUUUACAUCUCUGUGUGAAGUAUAUUAGGGUGGAAAUGUUACAGAAUUUGGCUGAGGCAAUGAAGAAAUUAGAUGGGGAUUUGGUGAAUUGGAAGGAUUGUGAUGGGAAUUCGAUUCUGCAUAUUGCAGUGGCUAAGAAGCAAAUUGAGAUCAUCGACUCUUUGCUUGAGUUGAAUGGAUUGGAAAUGAAUGCCUUGAAUAAGAAUGGAUUGACAGCUUUGGAUAUAUUAAAUCAAAGCCCGAGAGACCUAAGAGAUAUGGAAAUCCAUAAUUCCCUUCAAAAUGCCCGUGCUUCUAGUGUGAAGGAUUUGCAUUUGAUCAGGGAAGAUUGGAUACCAGAAAAAGUUAGGCAGAACGCGACAAGACUAUCCUCGCUGCAAAGCAAUGCAAGACUAUCCUCGCUGCAAAGCAAUGCAAAGAAGCCAGUUGUAAAGCCCAAGCACACUGACUGGCUAGUCGAUCUUCUCUGUGGUGGCGUUCGACGUUUUUCUAUGGUGGUUGAGCGGUGUUUGGCCCUCUCUGUGGUGCCCAUUGCUCUGUUUCUAGGCAGUCCUCUCUUUCGGUGCUUCCAUUGUGGUGGUUGGGUUGCCGUGGGCACGUCGGCUCUCUCUGUGGUAGACGGGAAGUUCUGUGGUGGUUGCGAAGUGGUUCGCUGGCUGGGCAUUCUCUCCGUGUGA